GUGAGAAACAAUACCCUAAAUAAACCCCUCCUCUCCUCUCCUCACCUCAUUCAGGUGGUGGAGUGAGUCUGAGUUCACUAUUUCCUCUCUCUACUUACUUUUCCUCAUUAAUUAGAUUUUAGAAUCAGAAGCAAACACAAUCCUUUUUAUAAAAUGGAGUGGCAAACGCAAAUAACAGAGAAUGCAUUGAUGGACCGCCGCGCACGGCAGCCGGCCACCUCCUCCUCUAUUCCUGCAACUGACAACACCGUUUGGGCUGACGCCACGCCACUCCUCGAAGCCGCCUGCAGAGAACUUAGAGAUGGAGAGCUUAUUCAUGGAGAUAAUUUCAAUCUUUUUGCUGCUAUGUCCGCUCUAGAGAUAAUGGAUCCAAAGAUGGAUUCAGGCAUCAUUAGUAGAUACUCUUCUGUUGAUGAAGCAAUUGAAGAUGGUGCUGCUCCUAUCCCUAUUAGUUUGGAUAAAACCACUGAUGUUCAAUGCAUCAUUGAUGUCAUGGACCAUCUUCUAUCAUGUGAGGCAACAUGGCACAAGGGUCACUCUUUGGCACAAACUGUCUUUUCCUGCGUUUACCUUUUAAAGCCUGAGAGGACAGCUUCACAUCCAUUAUUGGAUUCUUACUGCAGAGUUAUUCGUGCAACAUGCAAAGCGGUUGUUUCAGUUGUAUCAGACGCACGCACACAUGAAGAAGAGGAUCUUUUCACUAUGGCUUAUGGGCUUCCUCUUAGUUGGGAUGGAGAUGAAAAGUGCUUGUCCUUGUUAAAUGCUAUUGAAGAAAAUAUUUCUCGCCAAUUGCGUGCAUGCAAAGCCACAUCAUCAAAAAGAAAAAUACAAGAAGAUUUAGAGCCAUUGCAGACUAAUUUCGAUCUGGAAGAAGGAUACUGCAAAGCAUUGUUGUGCCGCAUACGUUUUCGUAAGCACUUUUUCCAUGUGCUCACUUCUAUGAGGCGACCGCAAGGUAGAGGCAUGGAGUUGGCUAGAAAGCAUAUAGCUUCCUGCUUAUCUGAGCUAGAUUCCUUAUAUAAAUCAGCAGAAUUCCUUUUAUCAAAUGUUCAUGAAGUUUGUGAAGAUGGUACAGAAGGUAAAACAACCGCUUCUGGAUGUCAACCGAUAGGGUUUGAUGCUAUGUUAAACAGUAGAACUUCUGCCCCCACUCCACCACGAUCAAUUAAAACGCUUAGUUGGAAAAAGGCCAUUGAAUACUUUGAAAAACUUCUUCAUGAUUUCGACUGUAUUUGUUCUUACUCAUUGGACCCCUCCUUGGAAGUUCUCUUGCGCUUUGUGGUUCAGUUUCAAAAGUCACAACCUGAUUUGGUUGCAAGAGCAUAUCUCCAGCUUCUGCUGGUUCAAGAUGGGAGACUGUAUGGGCGAGACUCGAUCUUUUCUGUAAUGACCAGAGCUUCAGGUUUACCUGAAGUUGCAAAAACCCAUGAUAUUCAGAAGACUGAAUAUGUUAUACAACUAGGACAGCUAGUCAUGAAUAUGCUGAAGAUUCUUUGUACAAAUGCUGCAUGGCAGAGGCGUAAGCUUGGCAAAAUUUUGCAAGAUUGGCGUGUUAUCUUUGUACAGCUAGAACUUGCUUUUACAAAUGAGUUUAGAGAAGUUUCAAGCAUAAAAAAUGACGAGAGCAUUUCUGUUGCAAUAAUUAAGAACAUGCUCGUUUGGUUGGAGGAGCAAACCUACUGGAUUGCUCACAGAUUCCUCACGCUUGGUUUUGAAUUAGAUCUUUAUUCCCCUAGUGAAUAUUGCAUGGUGUACUGGUACUUCUAUAUUAUCUUAAUCAAGCUUGCAGAGAAAACACAUCUUAAGUUGUCAGCAACUGAUGGUGCUGCUAAAAGAAAGGGAAAGAAAAAAAAGGAUGUUUCGAAAGACUUGGCGAAGGAAACUCGGAUCUCUCCUGCAGUUUUGUUUCUUCAGUGCCAGAUAUGUCUUGCUGAAGGGCUUACACUGCUACUUGCUGCAUUGAGGAAUGAGCUGAAGAUUUUUCAGGGUCCGAGCCCGUUUAAUUCUGAGCACGAGAGAUUCAUUCAGCAUUUUGAGCUUCUACAAAAAGCGUGCAUCCCAGAUCACUAUUCCUAUCCAUCGUACAAAGAAUCUACAUCCCAUGCUAGUUUCUCUACCAUAGUUAUGUAUAAUUACUUCAAAGACGCGCAGAAGAUUGCAAAAGAAGUAAAAAGUAGCUUUUCCAAUGAUCCCGACAGAUUAGCAGAACUCCGGAGGUUGGAACAGGUGGCUGAGCACAAUAGUGUAGCACUAAAUCUUAUUUGCGGGAUCGGAACCCUCGACCCAUCGCUGAAGGUCUCGUUUGAGUUUAUACAUCAUCCAUGCUUUGCUACUGCUGUUGUCAAGAGAUCUUGAAGACAGACCAAUUUUGAAACAACUCCACAGGUUGGCAUUUUUGUCGGGCAUGAUAGCAAUUGUAACAUUUGUAUUUGUUUUUUCUUUAUUUUAUUCGAUCAAUUAUGUCAUUUGUUUCUGAGUUGAAUGCUAUAAUCUUCACUGGGAAUAAAAAAAAUAAAUAUUUGUUGUACAA